UGAUUGUGUUCGAAGUGACAGUUAAUUUUAACCAAAAAAAGUAGUGAUGUUUUUUGAAUUCUUAUGUUAAUAUGAUGUAAUAUACAAUUUGUUUUUAUUUAUUAUUGUAAAAUAACGUGUUAGUGAUUAAAUAAACAAAACAGAUCUCAAAUUUGGUAGAAAGUUUAUAGGUUACUGGCGGCAAAACAGAAUUUUUGUACAAUGGACAAAAUUAGGGUGCUUUUUAUAUUGCCCCAGAAUUGUAACGACCAGAGUGAGGCCUCGGAUAUCAUGCUGCAAGCCUAUGAGUUUUGUAAACAAAACGUGGUAAACGUGUCUUGGGUAAAAGAAUCAAAUUUUGGCUCAAUAGACUUUACUAAAACCGAUUUUGUCGUGUUCCAAGACUUUAAAGGCCAACAUUUUGAAUCUCUCAAAGAAAGCAAGUGUGCCAGAAUUUUAGGACCUUGGUGUCUUUUAGUUUGUUUGAUGGAUGGUCGUCCUAUCCCAAAUUUUACAUGGCCGAUUUAUAACGUCGCAAUGGCAGGAUGUGUUGUUUCCUGCUCCCACAUCCCCAAAGCAAGAAAGCUUGAAAUUAAAGAAAAAGUACAGUUAAUGGGGGGCUGUUGCACCGAUCAGUUAAUAUCAACUAACACACAUUUAAUUACAGAAAGUGUCAAGUCUGAAAAGUAUUUGCAAGCAGCUGAGCUAGGUUUAAAAUUGAUGAUUUCUAAAUGGGUGGACGCUGUUUGGGAGGCCAGCCAGAUAAAUAAUGUCCAUUGUGACAACGAGGAAUUUAAAAAAUAUCGCUGUUUGCCGUUUCAUAAUCUCACGAUUUGUUCAACUGGGUUUUCUAAUAUUGAAAUGAGAGCAGAAGUGGCCCAAAAGGUUGCAAAAAAUGGGGGUAUUUUUACGGCAGCUCUUACUGUUUCGAAGACUGAUGUUCUAAUUGUAUAUGGAGUCGAGGGUGUUUUAAGUAAAAAGUACAAAGCGGCAAGAACAAACCCAAACAUUUAUUGCGUAAGCGUUGAUUGGAUAAAUGAUAGCAUAAAAAAGGGCUAUGCCUUGUCUCAUUCUUUAUACACAGUUAAAAAAGGCACUUCAACACCUAGUAAAGAGAAUGAAACAUGUCCGGAUUUUUCAAUGAUAAGUGCUAUAGGAGAUAACAACACAACAAAGCGCAGUAUAUUUGAAGAAACUGUGAUGCAAAAAAACACACAGUCGUCACCUCUUGCAACAAAUAGGAUUUCUCCAAAUAAAAGAAAAUACGCAGUUAACGAGGAAACGGGGAAAAUAAUUGACGGACUUGAUAUAAAAAAGGCCAAAACGGCAGGUCAAUAUUUGGAUGGGUGCAGUGUCUACUUGGCGGGUUUCAAGCCGGAACAACGAGAGAAACUGGCAAAAAUCCUAAAUUUGAGCGGUGCCACCAGAUACGACGACAUUUCAGACCGCCUCACUCACAUAAUUGUGGGCGACACGUCUUGUCCUGAAGUGAAAAUAAUAAAAGCAAAAAAUUACUCGGUCUCACUUGUUUCCAUCCAUUGGCUUUUGAACAGUAUGGAGCAACAGCAAGUUGCCGAUGAGGAAAAUUAUUUAAUUAAUUUACACGAUUCGGAUAGAGAGCAUUUCAGUUCGCCUCUUGGACGAAAAGGUCUCACUUUACUCAGAUCUACCAAAACCCUCACUUCAAACGAUUUGGAAACUGCAAAUGCGGCUUCAAACAAUUUGAGUGAGAUAGAACUAGACACUGAAUUAAUAAUGCAACAGUACCGCAAAGCAGUAACAAAUAGUGAAGAAACAGAUACUUUAGUUCAGAUGAUGAAUGCCGAUAGUAAAUUUAAUUUGGAUGCAUUGGAAAGACGCAAUUCGAAUUCAGAUGUCUCGAGUCAAAAUUCAGAAGUGGAUAAAACGAGUCAGGAUACGAAUAUUUUCUACACGAAAAAAUUUGUUUUGGUGAAUUUAUCAUUUGAAGAAUCCCAAUCUCUAAAAGAACAUAUUGAAAGUGCGCUCGGAACAAUCAUGACAAAGACAUACAAAGGCAUUCCCGAUUACGUUGUGGCUCCGAUGUUCAUCAAAACCCCAAUCCAAACCUCCGCACUUGAAACAGUCAACAGUUUAUGGGUUUAUGAAUCGAUUCAAGAAUGUGAAGAAGUUUCUAUAUCAUACUAUCACCGCCCCUUGGUCAUUUGUGACUCCUCACCUCUAGAAAAUUGUAUUGUGACUAUUAGUGGUUACACAUCUUUUGAAAGAAAUUUCUUAAAAGAAUUAAUUGAAGCUUUGGGAGGAACGUCACAGGAACAGUUCGCAAGGGUCCAUUGUAUUGAUAAAAAUGUCCAAGCUUCGACUCACUUAGUCAGUUUGGAAGCAGACGGGAAGAAAUAUCAGGCGGCUGUAAAGUGGGGGCUGCCGGUAGUGAAAAAAGACUGGUUGUUCGAAUGCGCCAAAAGCGGAAAACGGGAACCCGAAGAUGAGUUUUUGCUCGGCGAAGCCAAAACACCCAGUAGGAGUGUUACGACUCCUUGCGAAACCAAGACAAGUAGAGUAUUGAAUUCAGACAAAAAAAUCACACCUAUUUCUAUGUCGAGUAGUCGAAAAAUGACACCGUUAAGUCAAAUGCAACCAUUAGAUAUCAGCACAUCCGAAAAAACUCCAACAAACCACCGUUGUCUUAACGGAGUUGUCGAAACUCCCGAUCCUUGUAGCCAAGUGACUCCAAUCAACAAAUUAAUGGAAGAAGUUCGAAAAACUAAUCUUUUAGGAACUCCUCAAACACCAACGAUGCCUAAAACUUGGUACGACGUUGAUACACCCGAAAGCCCUUUUGGUGCAUUUAUCCGACCACACUUAUCACCUAAAUCGAAAAAAGAGUUGAUGCGUUACAUAAAUCGCAUCCCGGAUUUUGUACCACCUCCUAAAGAGAGGAAAUCGACUCCGUUAUCGGAAGUAAAGCGUCGAUUUUGGAAAAAAUUCUUAGGACAGCAGGACAGUCCACUUUCUUCCAGGAUUAAACCUGAGGCAUCUACUAGUGGAGCCGCAGACUUUGAAAUUAAUUUUGAUGAAAACAGUAAUGAUAAUAAUGUGAGGAAUCCUCAACCUGAACGUGAUAGUGAUACUACUUCGGAGGCCAACACUCAAAAUUUGUUUGUAAACACGAAACUUAAGCAAAUUGAAGACAUGGUAAAUACAAUUAAUGAUAACCGGAGGGGUAGUCGAGGGUUUCAGUCGACUGUAUCCGCGGAAGGUUUUUUAGUUGGCAGUUCGGCGGUGAAAGACUCCCAACCCUUCUCAGUUGGGUGGGAUUAUGAGGAAAAAAUAUCGGUCCAACAAGUCAGAAUAUUCAUGAUUUCUGGCUUGAAUAACGACGAACGCCAGGCUAUCAUUGCAAAAAUCGAAAGUCUAGGCGGCCAGGUGUCCGAUUUAAAUUCAUUCGAUCCUAAAUGUACUCAUUUGAUAUGUCCCAAACCGGCGCGAAACGAAAAAACCCUCUCUUGUAUGGCUUCGGGAAAAUGGAUACUUCACAUAUCUUACGUUGAUAAGUGUGCCUCGGCGGGAAAAUUUCUACCUGAGGAAGAAUUCGAGUUUGGCAAUCCCAAAGCCAAAGAAAAUAUUAAAGUGUUUGAUAAGGAAAACGAAUUUAAAAUGCAGUCGAUACAUUGGUGGCGGAAAGAAAUAUCGAGAAGAGGAUAUGGCGCAUUUAACGAUAUGCGUGCUAUAGUUGUAGCGCAAAAGAAAGAGCCGAUUGUGAGAGUUAUAGAAGCGGGAGGAGGGCAAGUCUUGGAUGUUGUGCCCCCUUUUAAAGAUUCCGUGCAUGCGACACAUUGUCUUCUGGAAAUUAGAAGUGUCCCCGACUUCAGCGUCUAUAUUCCGUUGGCGCAACAAGGGAUUUUGUGCCUAAAUACUCUGUAUAUUAGCGAUUUUUUGUAUAGGACUAACAAGGAUGUCAAGGAUGCGGUUGUGCCACAUUUAACCAAGUAUUAUACGUAAUCUCUGCUGUUUUUACUAGGGUAAUAAGUUAUUGUGUUCCUUGCUUUUAAUUAAUCUGUAUAUAUUUUGACUUACAUUGUUUUUAAAUACAUCAAUAAUUU